GCUAAUAAUAAAAUAUGCAUUUUUCACAACCUAUUGCAUAUUCAUGUACCCUCAUGCAUAUCCAUAAACUACUUUACAUUUUCCAGGAACUAUUUUACAUGGUCCCUCCUUGGGUCUGCCUUUUUAGUGUGUGUGUGUUUCUUGGCUGUGGUUUUCGCUCCUCCUUAUCACUUCCAGUUUGGACCUUUGUCCAUACUUUCUUCACACUGCAGAUGCUGAUAGUUGGCAUAUCAAUAGCAGGGUCCUCAUUACAUGUUCACUGGAUAAGUUUUUGUUAAUAGCAGAAAUAAAAGCAAAGUUAUUUUAACAUUAUGCAUAUAACAUUCAUCCUAGUAUUUGCGAAAAGCCCACAACAUAAUUUGUAUUUAUAAUAAAAGCUUGGAUCAGGAAUUCUCACUGUGCCAUGAGCUCUGCUCCCUUGCCCAGGGGCUGCUGCUGCGACUUUGGAUACACUCUUUCCCCCAGCUUUCUGCCUGUGACCGGCUGCCUUUGGAAGCUUAUCAGGAGCAAAAGUGUCUGUUCAUUUGCCCAGCUGUGACUGGACAACUCUAGCAGUUUACUGCAGAGAUUAGGUCAGUCUGUUGUUCAUGGUUCAUGGUUUAAAAUCACUUCUGCUGUUCAAGCUAAUGCUAUAAAUAAAGUGGACUUUUGUAGGCAAGGUUAUGAAUUGUUAAUGAUGUAAUUUUAUUCUGAAUUGUUAAUUAGUGUAGUAGAUUGUGAUACCUAAUUUAUGUAAUAAAUUAUGAAGUAAUAAGUUAAAAAGUUAAAUGUGCUGUAGUAUAAAUGUGUGCCCACUAGAGGGGGGUGUUGAGAUCAGAGUGGGGGAACUUUCUAGAAAGCUACCUCAUGAGAUGAUAACAUUAAUAUGUACUAUGAUUGGUAAACUAGCCAGCCAAUGAAGCCUCAGAAUUCUAGAAUGAUUGGCCAGGAAUGCACCAUCUUAUGGACCAACCAGGAAAAGGCCCAAUGAACAAGUGGAUUGAAAGCGCAGUACCUGGUGUCCUUCUGCCAAAUCAGCUCCUGUCCAAGGAAACUCCCUGUGUUGCACACAGUUUGUUCGUUUGCAUCUCUGACUUGCCGUGUAGGCCCCAGGCUUACCCUGAGGUCUCGUCUUCAGUUGUCUUGAUUUUUAAUAAACAGGCCCAAGCCUUUUAAAAGAUCUUGGCCUCAUUUCACCUGAGCCACCAUUGUAACACAGUGCAGAAACAGGUUUUCCGUAUGGCUGGCAUGGACUUCUAUCUGAUAAAACCCUCUCUCUUUCCUCCUGAGCUGAGCACUAGCUCUGUUUGCAGCCUCCUCUGCAGUAAGAAGAGGUAUUGCAAUGGUAAUAGCAGGAGUGGAUGGUGGGAGUUCUAGUCUGGGAGGGUGGAUUGUUUUUCAUGGUUGGUCAGUUUGUUUUGCAUCAGUCAUCCCUGCUAGAACUUAAUAUUCAGUGGCAAAAAUGGAAGAGAAAACCUUCAUGUUUGUAUUUACCAUCAUUACUACGCACCGAACAAUUAAGUACAGUGUCACAGAUGCUGGGGGUGGUGUCACAAACAGACGCAACACCUGCUCUCCUGAGUUCCAAUGUUGCCAGGAGCCAGGCCUGGCCCCUCACACCGAGUCCUGGAGUGCAGCUUCCCUGAAGCUGGGGCGCUCUUCUCGCACACCCGCAGGGCUCCCACAGGAUCCAUGUCGUCGCUGGGGCGGUCCGAGGCAGCGGAGCAGACUCUGCUCGUGGGUAACUUGGAGAGCCGGGUCAGGGAGGAGAUCCUGUAUGAGCUCUUCCUGCAGGCUGGACCAUUAACCAAAGUGAUGAUUUGUGAGGACAAAGAAGGAAAACCUAACUCUUUUGGCUAUGUCUGCUUUAAACACAAAGUAUCAGUGCCUUAUGCAAAAGCUCUGCUGGAUGGAAUCUGUUUGUAUGGAAGACCAAUUACUGUGCAGUAUUGGAGAGGGAACUCUCCCUCACCAGAACUAGACAAUUGUGCAGAUGGUUUUGAACACCAUAUUGACUUAGAGUCUCUUGCAGAAAGGCAUCAAGAGCUUUCUGGAAAUUCUCCAUUUCCUGUUACUCCUUUGCCAGUGGACAACAGUUUACUUCAUGAUCACCCUGGCUUUCAAGAGGUGAAUCAAGACUGCACGGAGUUACCCUGAAUUUGCCACAUCCAAGUGACUGUGAAGUGCACCAAGCAGGAUGAAAGAAAGAGAAAAUGGCAAAGUUGUGACAAUGACUAGUACUGAAGAUAAUAAAAGGAGACAAAGACAGUGUGGCCAAAACUGGGGAAAAAAAAACCCAAACCCCAAGAAAAAGACAUCUUAAUACUGUAUAUUUUUAUUAUUAUAUUUGCUUUCAUCUUUGAACUUUAUUAAAGAAGGAAUGUUCCAGAUUCAUAGUAUUUUUGAGAAGCAUUAUGCAUACAAACUUAGAAUAUCCUGAGGCAGAAGGGUCAUGGAGUCCAGCUGGACCCGAACCCUCUGUGUUGUCCCCCUUCCCAUCCCCUCCCAGCACACCAGCCCCCUGGGGAACAAGUUCUCCCUAAAACCCUACCAGAGCCCACUGAAACAGCAAGGUCUGGCUUUUGUGUCCCUUCUACACCGUUUGCCACAACUGCAAGGAGUCUGGCUGGUUCCACCGUACUUGCAAUGGUCCUUUAAGUAGCUGCAAAUUUCAUGGGCCCAGCUACAUCAACCUCUUGCCUUUACUGUUCUCAAUAAGAGGCAUUGAUUUGAAAUAUAUUCACAGAAUAGUUAGUUGGUGGUUGGAAAGGAGCUUUGGAGAUCGUCUAGUCCAAUCACCCCACCAAAGGAGGGUCACCUGGAGGUGACGCAGGAAUGUGUCCAGGUAGGUUUUAGUCUUGACUGUCUCUGGAGGACACUCCACAACCUCUCUGGGAAGCUGUCCCACUGCUCUGCCACCCUUAAUGGAAAGAAGUUCUUCCUCAUGUUAAGGUGAAGUUUGGUUGUUCAUUACCACUGAAGUCAAAGGCUGUCAGCUUGUGUAGCUAUUUGUACUUAUAAGUAGGUAAUCAGAAUAACCACUGGACUAUAACAAGCAAAAGAGAGUUUACUUUAUUGAUUUUUUUUUUUGGUAGCAGUAGAAGGACCACAUUUUUGCAACAUUCUUUUCAAUAAUGGUUCAGUUCUUGUGACUUUAAUACAUAUGGAAAUAAUUCUGCAUUUAACAAGAAUGAAAGUUCCACAAAAAUGUGAAACAAAUAAUUGCUAAUUGUGUGGAAGACCUGUCUUGCACUGUUGCAGCUGUCCUUACUCUUAAAAUAAUCUAAACCUAAUUAAAAAAAACUCUGAACCCAGGAAUAAAUCAUAACAAAUUGUUUACUACCGAAAUCUACAGAAACAUUACAUGAGCAAACCACUUUGAUAAUAAUAACAGCUAUUUUUUGUCAACUGCUUUACAAAACUGGAUCAAAAUGUGAUGGUAUAUUGCAAAGCAUGAAAAUCAACACUAAAAUGCUUUGUUAUUUUUAUUUCUGUGCAAAAUGUUAAAUGGCUGAAACAAAUGAUAAACAUGCCACCCCUAGAAUUAAAAAAAAAACAAACAACAAAUUAAAUUAUUAGAUGGUGCAUUAAGUGCAAAAGGCUGCUCCAUGUGCUUAGAUCUAGCUUUGGCUUCAAUCUGGAUUGAAGUAAUGUGUAAAAUGCAUCUCCUUUUUUCACUAUGAGAACAGUGAGGCAUUGGAACAGUUGUGCAGAGAGCAGUUAAGCAGUACCUGUCCUUGGAAGUUUUCAGACCAGGCUGGAUAAAGCCCUGAGCAACAGGGCCUAACAUAACACCUAAUCCUGCAGUGACUGGACUAAAAACUACCCGAGGUCACUUCUAACAGGAAUGAUUGUAUUCUGACAUGGUAUUGUGACAGAACUACUCCUAGUAACAAUCUACAAGCAUUUCUGUUUGAAGGUUCACCAUCUCUUAUUUCCUAAGACAAAAUACCCUCAAUUGGUAUCUGAUAAUUUACAAGCAAGCUUGCAUUUGAAAUCAAACUUCGUUGGAACUAAGUUAGACUCUUACACUAUCAAGUGUCGAGAGCCUGAAGUAUGAUUCAGCAAGGACCUUAAAAAAAAGAAAACAGACUGAAAAGUGUACAAAACUUUAUACCUGGA